AUGGAUUGGGACCAUCACAGCCUUAAGAACAGGCAGGAAUCCAGGAGUAACGAGAGUGGGCUGGCAGAGCACAAACAGGCUGGUUCCAAGGCUGUGGGCUCGAUGGGCAGCACAGAUUCCACCCCACAGGCUGGGUUCCAGGACCUCCUGUGCAGGUCACUCAGUGCCAGGGGGAGGUGGAGGGAGGGAGGGAGGGAGGGAGGGAGGGCUGCAGGGUUCCUCUUUGCCUACAAACAGCAAUGCUGGGUGUUUCUCAGUGGCUGUAAGGAUGCUGAUGAAAACCCCAGGAUAUUGAGUCAUCGUGGUGGCCAGCUGGGCAUCAUCCUACUUGGCCCCGAACACUCAUGCAGGGGCAGAAAGACUGGAAACCUCUCAGGCCCACGGCUCGAGCAGCCCAUGGAAUUUCAUAACCUGAGCUCUUCCUCUCCGCUUCCUUUUCUCUCUCCCUCGACUCUCUCUCCCUCCUCCUCCUCCUCCUCCUACCCCUCUGCCUUCCCGAUUGCCUCGGUGUCACCUGGCAAGGCCUUUCCUCCCUGCCAGCCGGCCUCCUCCCCCACGGUGUCUGCCUUCCUGGCACCAGUCCUGGGGCUGGAGUUUGCCCUGGGCCUGGUGGGGAACAGCUUGGCACUCUUCAUCUUCUGCUGCCACCUGCGGCCCUGGACGUCAAACACCGUGUUCCUGGUCUGCCUGGUCAUCGCCGACUUUCUCCUGAUCGUCAACCUGCCCUUUCGUGUGGACUACUACCUCUUCCACGAGAAAUGGCACUUCGGGGCCACUGCCUGCAAAGUCAACCUCUUCAUGCUGUCCACCAACCGCUCGGCCAGCGUGGUCUUCCUCACGGCCAUUGCUCUCAACCGCUACCUGAAGGUGGUGAGGCCCCACCACGUGCUGAGCCAGGCCUCAGUGUGGGCAGCCACCCAGGUGGCCGGCGGACUCUGGGGAGGAAUCCUGCUCCUCAAUGGGCACCUGCUCCUGGCCCCCCAUUCCAACAACACCUGCCUCAGUUUCCAGCUGGGCUCAAUGCCCUCAGCAUCGCUCCGCUGGCACCAGGCACUGUUCAUGCUGGAAUUCUUCUUGCCGCUGGUGCUCAUCCUCUUUGCCAUCAUAAGCAUUGGGCUCACCAUCAAGCGCCGCAGGCUGGCUGGGCAGCCGGGCCCACGGAGGGCCGUGCGCGUGCUGGCUGUGGUGAUGGCCGUCUACACCACCUGCUUCUUACCCAGCAUCAUCUUCGGCAUGGCUUCCAUGGUGGCCUUCCGCCUGCAUGCCUGCCACACCCUCAACAUCUGCACGCAGCUCUUCCAUGGCUGCCUGGCCUUCACCUACUUUAACAGCGUCCUGGACCCCGUGCUCUACUGCUUCUCCAGCCCCAACUUCCUCCGCCAGGCCCGGGCCCUGCUAUGCCUCACCCAGGGUGGGCAGGACCCAGCCAGGGGUGAGAGCUCCUACCAGCCCUCUGCCCAGCGCCGGGAGGCCUCCAGGAGGGUGGAGGCCCCGGGGAAGCCACAGGUGAGGUCUCGCUGGAAGCCCCACUGGAAUAAGGACAGUGGGUCCCAGGGUCAGGGGGCCACUGCAGUGCCGCAGGAGUGAGCACUGCUGGGCUCUGGCCUGGAGGGACAAGGUCAGCCCCUGGACGGCCGCCAGCCCAGGGUGCCUCAACCAACUGUUCAAGGGACACCUGUAGGAGCCAGGUGGGUGGCAGGGAGUAAAGUGGGUCUUGACCUCACAUAGUGCAUCCUGGACAAUGUCCCCAGAGCACAGAAAAGAGCAGAGUGGCAGGUGGAGACGGGCAGGGGCUGUGGGAGCACCAACUCGAAGGCCACACAGCUGCCCAGUCCUGGGGCCCCAGCGGGAUUACGGUGAGAGCAGAGUUUCUGCUUUAGAAUUGGACAGCCGCGUUUUCUGUGAUCUCGUUUGCCCCAUUCAGUACUAAUAAACUUCCUUCUGAAAACCCAAGUCU